GAUUGCACCGAAAAACCAGCAGAUUCUCGGUUUUUAUCAUUUCAAGGACCAGAUUAAAACAUUCUGAAGGAUGUCGCUCGCGGACGAAUUGCUGGCCGAUCUGGAGGAUGACAACGACGACGUUGAAGAAUUGGACGAAGCGAAGGAAGAAACGAAAUCUGCUGCUCCAGCCGAUAAUGGUGAGCGUGAUUCGGACGGCGAAGAAGAGGCCAUGAUAUUCGACGUGAAGGAUGAACCGAUGGAAAUCAAUGUCUCGGUGGCGUCGAUACGAGAGAUCUGCAAAUUGCGCGACUCGGACCGACUGGGCAAGGUGCUGUCGCAGAUCGAGAUGUAUGCAAAAAAUCCGCGUACAACAAAAGAGAUGAUUGGUAACGUGGAAUCGGACCCAGAGUAUCAGCUGAUAGUGGAAGCCAAUAACAUUGCGGUGGACAUUGAUAAUGAGAUCUCAACAAUUCACAGGUUUGUCAAAGAUAAGUAUCAGAAACGAUUCCCGGAGCUCGAUUCCCUCAUCAUGGUAGAAAUGGACUACAUCAGAAGUGUCCGUGAGCUGGGUAAUGAUCUCGAUCAGGCGAAGAAUAACGAACGGUUGCAGGAAAUCAUAACGCAAGCUACGAUUAUGAUCGUGUCCGUUACGGCAUCAACAACGCAAGGGACCAAGUUGGAAAAACACGAACUGGAUCAGAUCUUUGAAGCUUGUGAUAUGGCGGUAGAGUUGAACGAUUUCAAAAGCAAGAUUUUCGAAUACGUCGAAAGUCGGAUGACUUUCAUCGCUCCGAACAUGUCGAUGAUAGUUGGCGCAUCGACGGCCGCCAAACUGGUGGGCUUGGCCGGUGGACUAACAAAGCUUUCGAAAAUGCCGGCCUGCAACGUACAGGUGUUGGGGGCGCAGAAAAAAACACUCUCCGGCUUCUCGAAAGUGGCCAUGCUGCCGCACACCGGAUAUGUUUAUUAUUGUGACAUUGUGCAAGACACCGCACCGGAUCUGAGGCGCAAAGCUGCUCGUCUAGUGGCGGCCAAAUGUACGCUGGCAGCACGUGUCGAUGCUUCCCACGAAAGUCAUCUGGGCGAGAUAGGUCAGCGGUUCCGGGAGGACAUAGAGAAGAAGUUGGACAAGCUGCAAGAACCGCCCCCGGUUAAGUUCAUCAAGCCUCUGCCGAAACCGAUCGAAGGUGGCAAGAAGAAACGAGGAGGAAAGCGCGUUCGAAAGAUGAAGGAACGUUACGCCAUAACCGAGUUCCGUAAGCAAGCGAACCGCAUGAACUUUGGCGAUAUUGACGAAGAUGCAUACCAGGAGGAUCUUGGUUAUACACGAGGGACGAUCGGAAAAACGGGCACCGGGAGAAUCCGUUUGCCGCAGAUCGACGAAAAGACUAAGGUGCGCAUCAGCAAAACCUUGCAGAAGAACCUACAAAAGCAGCAGCAAGUCUGGGGGGGCAGCACGACGGUCAAGAAGCACAUCUCCGGUACGGCUUCCAGUGUUGCCUUCACGCCACUACAGGGGUUGGAGAUCGUCAAUCCGCAGGCAGCGGAAAAACCGACGGGCGAAACGGGCGCAAAGUAUUUCUCCAACACGUCCGGCUUUCUGUCGGUUGGCAAGAAAACUACGUAAGCGAUGACGGACGAGACGGUUCAAGAUU